AUGGAGAAUCUGCUGGAAGACGAUUCUGAGAAUUUGCUGAGAAUAAGCUCUGACGAGUACUGGGUGGGCGACUUCAUGCGCAGAAAGGAGAACCAUAGCAUUGUGCGUGUUCCAGAUGAGUUUCUGGAAGACAGGUUCAACACCAUUGGGUUGGAUAGGUACAUAGACAAUCUCGAGGAAGUAUAUAACUCGGUACUUGACAAGGGCCCUCGAGGCAACUUCAAGGAGGAGUCUUCGCUGUACUAUCUGAUACACCAAAGAUAUAUCUUCACGAAGUCUGGGCUUGAGGCAGUGCUGGACAAGGUGAUGAGCCGGGAGUAUGGAGCAUGUCCAAGGGUAGGAUGCAGGUCGGUCGGGGUGAUUCCCAUUGGGCUAAGCGACAGGCCGCAGGUGUCAUCCACAAAAAUCUACUGUCACUCCUGUGUGAACGUGUAUGAGGCCAGUGGCACUCUCCAGCUACUGGAUGGGUGUGCAUGGGGAAGGUCGUUUCCACACUUUCUGAUCCUGACCCAUUCGUACCACUUUCCCUCACGGACAUGUGAAGAGUAUAUACCAAGGAUCUACGGGCUCCGGAUCUGUUCCCAUGACGAUAAUGACUCUCUUUCUGAAGACAACUGA